AUGGGCAAUGACGAUAUUGAGUCCUCGGCCAACGUUGCCCGUGCUUCCAUGCACUCCAACGAGCCAGACAAGGCCCAUAUCGAGGUCGGCCGUGAGAAUAUCCACAAUGUCGUGGAGCCUCACGACUCGUACGAGGGCAAGCAUCGGUUUGACCCUGAGCUCACUUGGACCCCGGGCGAAGAGCGUGCCGUGGUGCGCAAGACGGACUUGUGUCUUCUGACAUGGCUUUGCGUGAUGUUUUUUGGUCUGCAGCUCGACCGCGGUAACUUGUCCAAUGCGCUGGCGGACAACCUUCUCGAGGACCUCAACCUGUCGACAGAUGACUAUAACAAUCUCGUCUUCUUCCUGUUUGCCGAGUUCCCUGUUCAGAUUCUCACCAAGCGCUACGGCUUCAAGAACGUCCUGCCUUUCGUCAUGUGCGCCUGGUCUCUCGUCUCCACCUUCCAAGCCUUCAUCACGAACCGCGCUGGCUUCUACGCCACGCGCGCACUGAUCGGUCUGUUUGAAGGUGGCUUCAUCCCUGGCGCCAUUCUCAUGGCCACCUACUUCUACACAUCGCGCGAGCUCUCGGUUCGGUUGGCUGCCUUCUGGUCCACCCUCAACGUUGCCCGCGUCAUCUCCGCCCUCUUGGCGGCCGGUCUUCUUGAGAUGCGUGGUAUUGGCGGCAAGACGGGCUGGUUCUGGCUGUUCUUGGUCGAGGGUCUCCUGACCUUCUUCAUUGGCGUCGUCUCCUUCCUCUACCUGCCAACGUCCCCCGUCGGGACCAAGAGUGUCCUCUUCCGCAGCCCCUGGUACACCGAGAGACAGGAGGCCAUCAUGGUCAAUCGCAUUUUGCGCGACGAUCCGGCCAAGGGUCUGACGAGUCUCAAGGAGCCCAUCACCGUCAAGGACGUCAAGAGCGCGUGGGGUGACAAGUCCAUGUGGGGUCUUUACCUCGUGGGCCUCGUGGCCUACAUCCCGGCCACGCCUGUCCAAGCCUACCUGACGCUCACCCUCCGUCGCGUCGGCAACUUCACCACCCUGCAGAGCAACCUUCUCACUGCGCCUUCCGCCGCCCUGCAGAUUAUUACCAUGUUGGCUCUCGCCUACUCGUCCGAAUACUUCAACGAGAGGGCCUUCCAUUGUCUGUUUGGUGCUUUCUGGUCACUGCCCAUGUUCACGGGUCUCCUGACCAUGUCGGACAGCGGCAAGGAGUGGGAGAGAUAUGCGCUCGUCACACUGAUCUCGGGGUACCCCUACUUCCAUCCGCUUGUCAGCUCCUGGAUCUCGGAGAACACGUUUGACGUUAAGAAGAGAGCGAUCACGGCGGCGACCUACAAUGUGAUUGUACAAUUAGGAUCACUUGCCGGCAGCCAGAUCUACAGGAAACAAGAUGGCCCCUACUACAAGACAGGCAACACUGUCUGCGUGUCCAUCCUCGCUUUCAGUCUCGUCGUCUUCCUUGUCCAGCGCCAGUGGCUCGCCCUGCUCAACAAGAGGAAGGCUUGCGCUUGGGAUGCUAUGACGGCCGAAGAGAAGCUCGUCUAUCAGAAUGACCAGGAGGCACGCGAGAAGGAUGGUAAUAAGCGUCUUGACUUUCGCUUUGCGUACUAG